UUGACGGCAGAAGGGAAAAAAUAGUAUUGGAUCGGUUCUUUUGCGACGGUGAGCACUUGAUGGCAGUGUAGAAGACUCCUCAUUGGCUCCUCAAUCAUCCAUCAGAUCAAUCUUUAUUGACUGCUUCUGCAGACCACUCGCUGUACUGGACCUCCAGAAUACAAAAGUGUCUUCACAGAGCUCAAGGUUCAUUGGGACAGAAUUUUUCAUUUCUUCCCCCACUGGAAUGUGAUCUCUGAUCAAGACCAGGGCUUUGUUUUUCUUGGUCGCAUUAAGUACUUAGAAUAUUGCUUGUACCAAACAAAUUAUUGCUAAAUAAGUAUAUAUUGAAUAAACAAAAGAAUGUGUAUGAGAAGCAGGAAAAUGAGGGGUGGUGUCCCUUAACAAAUCCAGCCAGGUAGGCAUGGAGGGAAAAGCAUUCUGGGAAAGGAUGCAAGAAUACUUAAAGCAAAGGAAGCAACAGCUUUAUCUGUUCUUAGAGGUUCUCAGUCCCCUGCCUACAAACUUGUUAGAAUUGUUCUUUUCUUUCUGGUUGUGAACUUGGUGUGCCAGAUGCUCAGAGCCUCAGGGCCCCAAUCUGUAAGAAGACUCUUCCCAGCUACUACAGUUCAUGGAUUCUUGCCCUGUGUCAGUUCACACAUUCUGGGAGGAUGCUCAUCCCUGCUGUUGCUCCUGAUCUCUAGUGGGAUUCCCAUGUUGGAUCCCCCCCUCCCUCCACCCUAGUUUCCUAGUUUCUGUGGUUAUUUUAUCUCACCAGCUCUCACCACCCCUCCCUCCCUAGUGCGUGGAGCCUCUGCCUCCCAGAGCUGGGAAGGAAAUCAAGUUUGCAGGGUUCCUGUAGCGGAUUAGUUUUGAAUGUCACUUAAUCCUGGAGGUCCUUCCGCAAUUCAGCCCUGAUAGUCACCCGGCUGGUAUAAAUUUGCCUAAGAGGCCGGGCUCAUAGACACUGCAGGAUGGAGCUGGGCGCACGAGCCAAGCUGCUGUUGCUGCUGUGGACGACGUGCUACAGACUUGCACCGGCUGGUGGGCUGAGCGGAUAUACGUCGGUCAUCGAAGUAACUAACGGGGGUCCCUGGGGCGAUUGGGCAUGGCCUGAGAUGUGUCCUGACGGAUUCUUCGCCAGCGGGUUCUCGAUCAAGGUGGAGCCCCCUCAAGGGAUUCCUGGCGACGACACAGCUUUGAACGGGAUCAGACUACACUGCACUCGCGGGGACGCCGAGCACAAUACGCAUGUUGUGGAGUCCAAAUCUGGAAGGUGGGGCGCAUGGAGUGAGCCCCUGUGGUGUCUGGGCGGCAGCUACCUAGUGGCUUUCUCGCUUCGCGUAGAGGUGCCUAAGACCCCUGGAGACAACACUGCGGCAAACAACGUGCGCUUCCGCUGUUCAGACGGAACGGAGCUGGAGGGGCCUGGGCUGAGCUGGGGAGAUUUUGGAGACUGGAGCGAUCCAUGCCUUAAAGGUGCAUGCGGUUUGCAGACCAAAAUCGAGAGGCCUAGAGGCCUCCGCGAUGACACUGCCCUUAAUGACGCACGAGUAUUCUGUUGCCUCAGUUGACGCUGUCGCCGGCCUCUCUCCGCCCCGACGCCAGUCCCGCCUUCCGCUAUUAAAACUUCUUGGUCUUGGCUUUGG